AUGUUGAUGCAAAUUCGCAACAAGCUUCCGCAGGAGUACAGGCUUAAGCGCGUCGACGAGAUAGGGCACUACAUCCGGGACAACAAGAAGAAGAACUGGGACCAAGAGGCCGAUGUCCCCCGGUCGCACGUGUGGCUGCACGGCCCUAGGGUCACCACGUCCCAGCUUCGCGCAUACGUGAAGUACAUGGUUCGGGAGAUGAAGCUCGAUGCCGAGUCCAGCAAAGAGGGCGACAACGCCACAGGAACACAGCCUGUGCAAUCUACAACGGUGCACACGCUCCUUGGGCGCAUAAAGGCAUGCCAGAUGGCGGCGAGAGUGGAGGCGAGGAUAUACCGGGAGACGGAGCUGAGCAUCAUGCGUGAGAUUUCGGUGGUCAGGUCGGAGGUGCGGUUCAUGAUCCACACCAAGAACGAGCGGGACCUCAAGAACUGCACCGAUCGGCGUCGCGGAGCCAUUGGCGAUACCUACACCGCAGAACAGUUUCGCCAGAUCAUGUUCAGGGUGCUGCCGACGUGGGCGGCUAAGGCUUGGAACCCGCGGGGUACGGGCCCGUCGCAGACAAUGUGGCGGUUUCUGCUGUUGAAGGUGCUCAUGCUACUCUCCCACCAUUCUCUCCUGCGCGGUGCAAGCAUCCGCGAGAUCACGCUCCCCGACAUAUUCUUGUACCGACUGGCGAGCACCUCGUCGGUGAACCCGGAGAACCAGCCGGUCGUCAUGGUCAUCGCUGCGCGGAACUCGAAGACGUCCAAGGAUGCGCGUUUGCAGCAGAGCUAUGCGCGGCACCUCGAAGCGGAGUUGUGCGUCCGCCUCAUUCCGCCGGUGGACACCAGCACACGCGCGAGCUGGUACAAGAAGCACCUCUUCUUCGCCAAAAACGACACCGACCAAGGGGAGCUCUCUGCGGCAAGCCACCAACGCUGGACGCGGCAGUUGUGGGACAAAAAUGGGGUCUUCUGCAAGAGGAACGUGCACGCCGCUCGAGCCGGAGGGGCCCAGGAGCUGGCCAUCGACGGCACGCCGCGCGCCGAGAUCGCGGAGCUGGGUCACUGGGCGCUCAACAAGAUGACGCGAGCGUACAUCACCGCCAUUCCGGUGGGGGUGGUGAUGAAGAAGGCCGGUUACUCUGGUUACAAGCAGGACUACUUCUUGGGCCGGAGCAGGGUGGAGCCCUCCGAUAAGCUCUUGAAGCUCCUCGCCGAGCACAUCUUCCCCGGCGUCGACGACAUGCUGAAGACGGAAAUCUCUGUCCGCAUGGACACCGAGUACUACAACGUAUCCCUCAAGGCGACGCUGGCGAAGGAGAUGGAGCGUGCCGCGAACGAGAGGAUUGACUUCCUGGAGGAGCUCGAGAAGCGCGACGACACCAUCGCGUCUCUCACCGCCGAGAUAACCCCGGCUGAGGAUGGGUCUUCUCGGUGA